GUGCUCAUCAUCAAGGCGUUCUGGGAUGGGAUGCAGUUGUUCGAUGGUUUCUGUCCCGAUUAAGAAGACUAGUUUUGGAGAUGAGUUUACUAAUAUAAUUUGGUAGCUUUUUCGGUUAUGGACCGAUUAAUGGUUAACCAAAAUUUUGGUUAACGAUUUUCGGUAAACCGAGUGGGGCAGCUGCCCCUGCCCCUGCAUAUGAACCGGUAACAGAGCUACCUGUUGUUCAACCGACGGGCAUAGUUGGUAAACAGCCCCUACUUCAGUGAUGGAGUGCAAGUAAAGCCUCGCAGACUUCCGCAGUGUGUUUCAAUGGCGGCAGCGGCGGCUACUUCUGUCUUUCUCGGUUACAAGCCACUCCAGGAGGGGAAAUCCCCUUCUGAGCGACUUGUCCGCAAUUUAGUAUGUAAGUUCAACAUACAUGCACAGUUUUCGAGUUCACGGAAAACUGCUCAGCCUAUUGUCAAUGGUGAUCUCAUAUUGGGAGAGUUCUCUUUGUCAGGGAGAGGUUCAAAGGGAGACAUGGGCAGUUUGGAGAAGAAGAUAACGGUUUCUGUGGUUUCCUCUAUCUCAGAAGUUUCAUCAGAACAGUGGAAUGCAUGCAAUCUUGAUGCUACUGGUCCUCAACAGUUCAACCCCUUUCUUUCCCAUGCUUUUCUUUCAAGCUUAGAGGAAUCUGGCAGUGCAGUAAAGGAGACAGGAUGGAUACCACAACACAUCAUUGCUCGUGACGAAUCAAAAAAUGUUUUAGGUGCUAUUCCUCUAUAUCUGAAAAGCCAUUCAUACGGUGAAUAUGUGUUUGACAAUUCUUGGGCCAAUGCCUAUUACAGUUAUGGUUUGAGCUAUUAUCCUAAAUUGCAAUGCUCUAUACCUUUCACUCCGGUUACUGGCCCACGAAUUUUAGUCCGAAACACAUCAUACCGAGAGGAAGUGUUUGACAUACUAGUUUCUGCAAUGAAGGAUUUGGCGAUAAGGCUUAAGGUAUCAUCUCUUCAUAUUACUUUUAACACUUCCAAUGAGUGGGACAAAUUGGGGGAAAGAGAUUUUUUGCAGAGGAUUGGAAUACAAUAUCACUGGAGAAACCGUAACUACAAAAACUUUGAAGAUUAUUUGAUGGACAUGAAGCAAAGCAAAAGAAAAAAUAUCCGGCAAGAGCGCAAGAAGAUUCUUGCGCAAAAUCUGACAAUGAAGCGCCUAAGGGGAUAUGAAAUCAAGGCGAGGCAUUGGGAUACUUUUUAUCAGUUCUACAGGAAUACAACAAACAAUAAGUGGGGUAAUACUUAUUUAACGAGAGAUUUCUUUCAUACCAUGGGUUCGAAUAUGGGUGACCAAGUACUGCUUAUUGUUGCUGAAGAAGGAGAGGAGCUAGUUGCUGGAGCUCUUAAUCUUAUUGGUGGGGAUACAUUGUAUGGGCGCUUGUGGGGGUGCCUUCCACAAGCCUAUUUUCCAAAUUUGCAUUUUGAAGCUUGCUAUUACCAGGCAAUUGAAGCGGCGAUAGAACUCAAACUUCAAACAGUUGAGGCCGGAGCUCAGGGUGAACAUAAAAUCCAAAGGGGGUAUCUGCCAGUCACCACUUAUAGCAGUCAUUAUCUUCUCGAUGAAGAUUUCAGAGAUGUCAUUGGCGAAUUCUUAGCACGAGAAGCCGCUGAGGUUAGACUUGUGAUAAAGUUAUUGCUCGAUUCAGGUCCAUUCAAGGACAAUGUGUAGUUCCAGACUUUCAGUAGUGGAUGAGUCUUUAGUAGGAUCUUUCUCUCAGGGGUGAUGCUAGAGGCAAUUUCUUCUUCUUAUAUAGAUUAUUUGCCAAAUAAAGAAAAUUUUGAAGUGUGAAGUUAAUUUUGGGACUGCCCGAAAAGGAAGGUGGGAAGUUAAUUUUAGGACGGAGGAAGUAUGACGAUAAGAGCAAGAAGAAAAUGGAAGUUGAGAGCCAAAAGUGAUGUGAUGACCUAAUAGGAGCGGGGCUAAAAGUGCAAAUCUAAAACAUUUUCUGAGGCGAAUGCAGGUCUGGUGGCAGCCAUGAAGGUGACUGACGCCCUCUGGUAGUUGAAUCAUGAGAUGCUAUGAGUUGAUGAAUCAUGAUGUAUGUUAGGGAGAAGUGCAUGUAACUUCAUUUUGUUGUACUUUCUUGAAUAUUACUAUCGUAUAAUAUGUGUUCUUUUAAGGAUAAAAGUUGAAAAAAUGGCCGAACUAUUACCAUUGGACUUUCUAAUUCUCAAAAUAUAACCUUUUUCCUAAUUUCC